GAGAAGCAGAAGCAGCUGAUCCUCACCGCCAAGAAGAACCACGACAAGUACAAGUCGUACACCCAGCAGGGCCGCCACAUUCUGGCGAUGAUGGACAAGCCAGAUUCUAUCUGGGACAAGCUGAAGGGCGACAGCGACGCCAAGCAGCUGAAGGAGCACAUGGACUCGGUGACAGAGAAGGUCAUGAAGAGCGGCCUCCUGUCCCAGGUCAUGGGCGUGGACUUCCAGAAGAUCAAGAACACCGUGGGCGCGGAAUCCUACGUGGCAGCGAUCAAGGAGAUCGCGGGUCUGGCCAAGGCUCUCGACGACAUCCAGACGACCAUGAAGGUUGUCCACGGCAUCUACGAGCUGAAGAAGAAGCAGGAGGACAACAACAAGAAGGCGUAG